UCUCUGCUCGAACGCGGCACGGACCGUGUCGAUCCGUUGCGAUGUGAACGCCUAAACCUCACCACUGUCUACCACGACAGCUUUUGUUGCAUGUGCAUCGGCUACCAGUUUACUUUUCACAACAUCAUUAACAUUUGUUUCUGCCACAGUAACUAUCCGUUCAGUGGAGUGAAAUUUGGGCAACUGUUCCGUGGCGACAUUGAUGGAGUUCCGCUUGGACAGCGCGGAGUACUGCCAGGCUCAACACAAAUAAGUUUGCGGGCGUUUGUGGAAGCGAGACCCAUGCUGCCGGGAGCGCGCGCCUCGCCACUCACGUCGAGCACCCAGCGAUAUACACCCAUCCAUUUUUACAUUGAAUUCGGAUCCCGCUGCUAAAUCGGGGGGGCACAUAAUUUGCCGGAGUCGCGAUCGCGUAAACUUAUGUUUUGUCGCAUAAUCAGUUACCUUUAUUAGUUUCGCUUCCCCAAUUCGUUACCACCGUCUGUUAGUUUCCGAAUGUGCUCGAGUGGUUGAAAGCGACAUCCAUGCGGGUGGUUCAAAUUAUAUAAUUGGACCCUUUUAAAAGAGAAGCCACGAAACUGUAGUGUGUUGUGUGGAAAUAGAGUGACAGUUUGUCUGUUUUGACUCUGACGGAUCGCUGCGAGGUUCCGACGCGCGUUAGAUAUCUGACGGCUCGGUGCGCGAGUGUUGUAUCGGGAUCGACAGGAGUGGUAGCGCCGUCACCAUGAAGCAGAAGGACAUCAGGCCGGCGCCGUCGCUCAUCGAGUACAAGAGCAUGCGGUUCCUCAUCACCGACCGACCAUCGGAUGUCACCAUCCAGGGCUAUUUGCAGGAGCUGCGCAAGCACAACGUGUGCACGGUGGUGCGCGUGUGCGAGCCGAGCUACGACACGGCGCCGCUCAAGGGGGAGGGCAUCGAGGUGCGCGACCUGGCCUACGACGACGGCACCUUCCCCCCCGCCAACGUCGUCGACGACUGGUUCGAGAUACUGCGCGACAAGGCGGCCAACAAGCCCGAGGCGGCGGUGGCGGUGCACUGCGUGGCCGGGCUGGGCCGCGCGCCCGUCAUGGUGGCCAUCGCGCUCAUCGAGCUCGGCAUGAAGUACGAGGAGGCCGUCGAGACCAUCCGAGACCAACGUCGAGGCGCCAUCAACUCGAAGCAGCUCUCGUACCUGGAGAAGUACCGGCCCAAGUCGCGUCUGAAGAAGAACGGACACAAGAACUCUUGCUGCGUGCAAUAGUCGCCCCGAGCUGGACAGCGGAUGUAGCUCUGCUUUCACACACACACUGACACACGGAGCAUAGACAACAAACUAGAUGUAACUUACCCGUCGAGCCUUUUUUGACAAAUACCCGCGCCCUCCCCUGAUUUUUACCACAGAGGUUUUAACCGAAUUCUUGAUUUCCACCCGAGCUUGGACAUUCCUAGAGAGCUAGAGAAUUUGGUUACGAUCUCACCGCAGUUUUUUUUUUUGACGUAAUCGAGUUUUCUCUGAAAGGGGAAUGCCCACCGGCCCAUACAACGUCCAACCCCGUAUAAAAGAAAAAUAGAAUAAAUAAUCUAGUUAAAUAAUUGGCAUAAUUACAGUAUGUUUCUUGAUUUUAAAAAAUUAUAUUUUUCUUAUAUUUUUUUCGCCAAAGCGGCGAAGUAGCUGUAUUUUCCAACCAACCAACCAACCAACAACAAAAACAAAAACCAAUCGUAAAUCUUCAAAAAAUAAAACCCAGGCUGUAUGGUCAACAAUCUUUGCCCCAUAGUGUAAAUGUCGUAAAAUUUUGUACUAUUUUUUUUUUGAUAAAGUAAUGAUUUCUUUAUUAAAGUAAAAUUAUCAAGACUUUUUGGAAAUACGUAAGUAAAUUGCCGGGUGGGUAGGCCUGGGCCUGGGCCGGGGCCGGGCAUUCCCUUUCGUAAUCGACAGCCCCGUUUGCGCUGACGUAUGUUCGAAGCGAUGGCGUUCGAUGUACCCUCGUGCUGUACUCGUACUAGUGGAAUAUGUUAAUAGUUGGCGAGCCACGAUUUGUGUUCAUACUUGAAACGGUUACUUGGGUAUUUACAUACUGAAUUGAAAUCAUAAUAACUUCAAUAAUAAUGAUCCAGUCAGAGUCGUGCUUACUCUUACAACUCUUUACGGUUAUACUAUAUUUUUUUUUCUAUGUGUGUUGAAAUAUGUUUUCCUGAAUAUUAUUUUCUUCCGUAGAGACUUAAUAUUAUCAAUAAGAUGAAAAAGAGCCAUAAUAGGAGCAAUUUGAAUGAUUUUCUUUUUCGUGUUUUCUUAAGACGACUAUUAUAUUUUGCUCUGACUAAAAAAAUGUAUGUUAAAUUUCUUAUAUUAUUUAAUUAUGUCGAUUUAAGUUAUAUAGCCACGGUCUGCAAACUAUUUCACAAAUUUACCUUUGACUAAUUAAUAUUAUUAAUGUAUUGACGAAAUUCUAAUUAAAUUGUAUCCCAACAAAAAAAAAUGAUAAACUUGACUCACAGAAUGUUCCAAUAAAAUAGCUCUUUGAUAUUAUUUUUCUAUUUCUAAUUUUAUGAAGAUAUCAAAAUAUAUGAUUGUGUAACCACGGAACAGUCACAUUCAUAAAUAAAAAUAUUUAUAAGCAAA